AGGAGGGAAAGGAUGUUGCUGGUUAAUUCUCUUGCAGCAGAGAUCGGCCGAAAUAAGUGGCAUUUCAGAGACUUUCUGCCACGUGGAUCUGGCAUCGUAACCAGACGCCCGCUGGUCCUGCAGCUGGUGAACUCCAGCACAGAAUAUGGUGAGUUCCUCCACUGCAAAGGAAAGAAAUUCACUGAUUUUGAAGAGGUCCGUUUGGAGAUUGAGGCUGAAACAGACCGUGUUACAGGCUCUAACAAAGGGAUUUCUCCUGUGCCCAUCAAUCUGAGAGUCUACUCUCCCCAUGUCCUGAACCUGACCUUGGUGGAUCUACCAGGUAUGACAAAAGUCCCGGUGGGGGAUCAGCCCCCUGACAUUGAGUUCCAGAUCCGAGAUAUGCUCAUGCAGUUUGUCACCAAAGAGAACUGCCUCAUCCUCGCGGUAUCCCCAGCCAACUCUGACCUGGCCAACUCUGAUGCUCUGAAGAUUGCAAAGGAGGUGGAUCCUCAAGGGCAACGCACUAUUGGAGUCAUCACUAAACUGGAUCUUAUGGAUGAAGGAACUGAUGCACGAGAUGUAUUAGAAAAUAAAUUGCUUCCUCUUCGUAGAGGUUACAUUGGUGUAGUCAACAGAAGUCAGAAGGAUAUUGAUGGCAAGAAGGACAUUCAGGCUGCUCUGGCUGCAGAGAGAAAAUUUUUUCUCUCCCACCCAGCCUACAGACACAUGGCUGAUCGCAUGGGAACCCCCUACCUGCAGAAAGUAUUGAACCAGCAAUUGACCAACCACAUCCGUGACACCCUGCCAGGGUUGCGGAACAAACUCCAGAGCCAGCUUCUCUCCAUUGAGAAGGAGGUGGAGGAGUACAAGAACUUCCGCCCUGAUGACCCUGCCCGCAAGACCAAAGCUCUGCUUCAGAUGGUCCAGCAGUUUGCUGUGGACUUUGAGAAACGCAUCGAAGGCUCUGGAGACCAAAUUGAUACCUAUGAGCUGUCGGGAGGAGCUAGGAUUAACCGCAUCUUCCACGAGCGUUUUCCCUUUGAAUUGGUGAAGAUGGAGUUUGAUGAGAAGGAGCUGCGACGGGAGAUUAGCUACGCCAUCAAGAACAUCCAUGGUAUAAGAACGGGUCUCUUCACGCCUGACCUCGCUUUUGAAGCCAUAGUGAAAAAGCAGGUGCAGAAGUUGAAGGAGCCGAGUCUGAAGUGUGUGGAUAUGGUAGUGAGUGAGCUCACAUCCACCAUCAGAAAGUGUAGCGAAAAGCUCAGCCAGUACCCUCACCUGCGUGAGGAGAUGGAGAGGAUUGUUACUACCCACAUCCGCGAGAGAGAGGGCAGGACCAAGGAUCAGGUCAUGCUUCUAAUAGACAUCGAGCUGGCUUACAUGAACACAAACCACGAGGAUUUCAUUGGCUUUGCCAAUGCUCAGCAGAGGAGCAGCCAGAUGAGCAAGAAGAAGGCAGCUGGCAACCAGGAUGAGAUCCUGGUCAUCCGAAAGGGCUGGCUCACCAUCAACAACAUUGGGAUCAUGAAGGGUGGCUCCAAGGAGUAUUGGUUUGUCCUGACAGCAGAGAACCUCUCCUGGUAUAAGGAUGAUGAGGAGAAGGAGAAGAAGUAUAUGCUACCGGUGGACAACCUGAAACUGCGAGAUGUUGAGAAGGGGUUUAUGUCCAGCAAACACAUCUUUGCUCUCUUCAACACUGAACAGAGGAAUGUUUACAAGGACUACCGGCAGCUGGAGCUGGCCUGUGAGACCCAGGAGGAGGUGGAUAGCUGGAAGGCUUCCUUCCUUCGUGCGGGAGUCUACCCAGAGCGUGUUGGGGACAAGGACAAAGCCAGUGAGACGGAGGAGAACGGAUCAGACAGUUUCAUGCAUUCCAUGGACCCACAGCUAGAGAGACAAGUGGAAACGAUCAGGAACCUGGUGGAUUCCUACAUGGCGAUUGUCAACAAAACCAUCAGAGACCUCAUGCCGAAGACAAUCAUGCACCUCAUGAUAAACAAUACCAAGGACUUUAUCCAUUCGGAGCUGCUGGCAAACCUGUACUCCUGUGGUGACCAAAACACGCUAAUGGAGGAAUCGGCAGAGCAGGCCCAGCGGCGUGAUGAAAUGUUGCGCAUGUACCAUGCCCUGAAGGAGGCCCUCAACAUCAUUGGGGACAUCAACACCAGCACUAUCAGCACCCCAAUGCCCCCACCGGUGGACGACUCUUGGCUGCAGGUGCAGAGCGUACCAUCUGGACGCAGGUCUCCUACAUCCAGCCCCACGCCUCAGAGGAGAGCUCCCGCUGUUCCGCCCGCCAGACCGGGAUCCCGAGGCCCAGCUCCUGGGCCACCUCCUGCUGGUGGGUCCACGCUGGGUGGUGCCCCCCCUGUGCCCUCCAGGCCAGGUGCCUCUCCUGAUCCCUUUGGGCCCCCACCUCAGGUUCCUUCUCGGCCUAACCGUGCUCCUCCUGGUGUUCCCAGAAUCACUAUCAGUGACCCCUGAGGACUGGCGGCCACGCAGAAGGGGCCCUGCCUCACCUACUCGACCUACCAUAAUCCGACCGGCUGAACCGUCCCUCUUAGAUUUAUAACUCGAGGCUGCAGACAGCUGGCGACGAAUGCCGUGCUGGCGGCUUCCCCAUUCCACCCUCCCUUGCACAGCCACAGUCACUCCUCUCAUCCAUCCCACAUCUCUGCCUCCCACCGCCCCUUCCUGGUGUGUCGUGAAACACUAGCCUAGUGAUCGAGCUCUUCGUCUUCACUCGUGCGUCCUGUAUUGCUUUGUGAGUGUAGAGUAGCCUUCAUUCAGUGGCAUGGAUCCCUGAAGUGCACAGGCUCCUUGGAGAGAUCAGCUGCAGGGACGCCCUUAAGUCCAAGUGGCGACUGUCCAUCCAGUUGUUUCAUCUGCCUGGUCUAGCCCGGAUAAGUGUCCUGCCUGCAUCAGUUAGCUGUAGCACCUAGGACUGAUCUGUAGCUCUGUAGCUAUUUUCUUUUCUUGUAGUUAAGAAGACAAAAGCGUGACAUAGAAGAAAAAAAUAACGCUGUCGAAACACGUGACACUGUUAGGAACAGAUUACAUGUCCUGUGUAUUAGAUGACUUCUAAGGUGCAAAAACUCAUGUUGGGAACAGUGCAAUCAACUUUCUCUCAAAGCGAGGCAGGGAGAUGGAGAAGGGGGGAACCCGAUGGAUCGGCAUGGUCCUGCUAGAGUGAAGCCUGAGCUAGCGCACACACCUCAGUGCAGGGAGCACGUGGACCUGCUCGCGCCCAGCGCUCCAGAAUAGCUGAGGAAAUACUGCUGGCGAACCGCUGGCUGCUGCCAGCGUUUGUCUUGCAUCAUCUCUUGUGGCUGACUUCCCUGAACCCAGCAGGGAGAGGGGAAUAGGUACGCUGCUCCCCCCUUGCAAACGGACAACCAAAUGUUUUCAGGGAGUUUGCUGUGUGAUGUCUCAUUGAAAAUAUUUCUGCUUUGAAUAAGCACAUCUUUCAGUGUUUUUUGGGUACUGUGGUGACUUCGUAGCCUUUUCUUCUUGCAUGUGGAUGGUACGUGUUUGGGGAAACUUGUAACCGUUGUUGAUCACAACUCAUCUUCUGAAGGUUUGGGUUUUACUUUUCAUGUUACAUGUAUUAACAAAAAUAAUAAUAAUUAAGAAUUAAAAAACUGCCAGCCCUGUACGUUUCAGAUGUUACAUCUCUGGUAGAGCUAAAUGAGCCACCUGUGUUACAGGCUUUCAAACGGGCCUGAUUCAGUUUUAAGUUAUCUUAUUGCAGUGCUGUUGCCUUUGACUUCUGUUCUGGAUCCUCGAUUGUUCUGAUGCCAGUUUCUUUCUGUAUUUUAACUACUGUUUUACUACUUCUUCCCCCUCUUCCUUCCCCUUCUCCUUUUCUUUUUUUCUUUUUCCUUUUUUUGUCUUCGAAUUCCAGCCGGCCGGGUAAGGCCAGUCCCUCCCGCCCGGAGAGUCCAAAACCACCAUUUGACAUGUAGGCCUGCUCCCUCUGAGACUCUUUGCCUGCCUCUUAGCUGUUCUGUCCUGGAACGGUCUGACUCGAAUCUCAUACAUGGCUUGUUUUGUUUGUAUUUUGUGACACACUCUCA